AUGGCGGGCACCGUCCAUGUUCUGGACGACUACUACCUCGCCAUAACUCUGCUCAUCACAGUGGCAUAUCAGCUUUUCUUCUUCGCGAUAGCCUUUACAUUUAAAUUCGACAAGCUCACAGACUUCGCCGGCGGGACCAACUUUGUCGUCCUCGCCAUAAUAACCCUCGCCUUCUCCGGGCCCAGCCCACAUGCCCGGCAGAUCGUGCCCUCCAUCUUCAUCAUGCUGUGGGGGGUGCGUCUGUCGGGCUUCCUACUGUUCCGCAUCCUCAAGACGGGCAAGGACGACCGCUUCGACGACAAGCGCGACAAGUUCUUCCCCUUCCUCGGCUUCUGGGUCUUCCAGAUGAUAUGGGUCUGGGUCGUCUCCCUGCCCGUGACGCUCAUCAACUCGCCCGCCGUCAGGCAGUACCCCUUCAUUGGCUUCGGCACCGGCAGGGACAUCGUGGGGAUUAUCAUGUUCGCCAUCGGCUUUGUCAUGGAGAGCGUCGGCGACGUCCAAAAGUACAGGUUCAGGAGCACGCAGGACAAGAGCGCCGUGUGCGACAAGGGCUUCUGGGCCUGGAGCCGCCAUCCGAAUUACUUUGGCGAGAUCAUCAUCCAGUUCGCUAUUUACAUGAUCGCUGUAUCCUCUGCAGCCGACGGGUUCGUCCGAGGGCAGGCUUAUAACGCCUUGUAUGCGUCCAUCCUGGGCCCGAUCCUGCUCACCGUGCUGCUCAUGUUCGUCUCCGGCCUGCCGCUCUCGGAGAGGCCCGGGGCGAAGAAGCGCUACGAGAAGGGCACCAACUGGGACGGGUACAAGCGCUACCUCGACCGGACGAGCAUCCUGAUCCCGUUCCCACCACAGCUGUACGCCAAGGUGCCCGUGUUCCUGAAGCGGACCGUCUUUUUGGAGUUCCCAAUGUACGUGUUCGACCCGGCGAAGCACGCGGACGGUGCUCCUGGCCAGAGCGGAGCGGAGGAGGGCAGGGGUGAGCAGGCGGGAAAGCCCAGCCAGGCCACCGAGCGGGGCCAGAGCACGGAUGGGCUGACGGGGGAGUCACGACAAACCUAA